AUGGGCCCCUGUACCGCCUCCUCAUGCUGCUGCCAGGCCCGUAAUCUGCCAUGGGCCCCCGUACCAACUCCUCAUGCUGCUGCCAGGCCCGUAAUCUGCCAUGGGCCCCUGUACUGCCUCCUCAUGCUGCUGCCAGGUCCAGAGUGCGUCAUGGGUCCCUGUACGGCCUCCCAUUGCUGCUGUCUCCAUCGCCACACUCUGCCAUGUGCCACUUUCAGGUCUCCUCACACUGCUGGUGGUUUCCAUUUUUGUCAUAGGGUGCUGUAUGGCCUCCCAUUGCUGCUGCCUCCACCGCCACACUGUGGCUCCACACUCUGGUUUUGGCCCCGUGACUGCCCAAAUGAGUGAAGUGUGCGGUGAUUCUAAGAUUGACGGCACUCAUCUGCAUGUCAUACUGACUGUCAGUAUUAUUUCUCUUCCCCAGCAGACUCCAAGGGCAUUUAAAUUAAAGGUACAGUGUUCUGCACUAAUAUAA